AUGAGCCACAGAGAGGGCAAGGGCACCCCUGAGCCUGCGUGGGGACAGGAACCUGACAUCCAGAUCUGCAAGGCUGCGUUCAGCUGGAGAGCCCUGGAGGUCAGUCGCAAGCGGAGCUGCUGCCGCGGGGUGGCUAAGCCCGGCGCCCACCAGGCGGGCAGCCCGACCCCAGGGAGCCGCGUGACGCGCCUGGCCGGCCCAGUGCCCCAGGCAGGCCGGGCGCCGCUGGCUCCAACGCUGCGGGCGCGCUUUCCAGCCUCUGGGGGAGCCCUGGUGACCCCCGCCGGACUAGACCAAACCCUGUGUGCGACCAGGACACAGCAACGGCACGGGAAGGCGGACCUCAGCGCCUCCGAGCCCCAGGCCCGCGCUCAUCACCCGCAGCGGCAGCGGGCACGGGGUUCCAGGCCGCUGCGUCCUGACCGGCCGGAACAGGAGUGGAGGAAAAGGGCCCGCGGGGUCCAGGCCUCAGCGUUGGGGGUAGGCCUCCCGCAGAAGGCCAGCCAGGAGCAGCCUGGACGUCCACCUGCCGGCCCGAGCCCGGCUCCUCCGCGCUCGGAUCGGUGCGGCCUUCUCGGUGCUUGGGCCCGGCGCACGGUGCCGCCCGCCCCCAGGGUCGGGAGCCUCGGCGCCCACUCCCGCGGCCCGGGGCCUAGUCGCCGGGGCCCGAGGGGCCCGGCCCGGCCCGGCCUCCCAGGGACACCGCGGGGCCAGCGGAGAGCCGCGGUCGGCGGGGCGGCGGGACCGCGCGGGAAGCCCGGAGUCCGGAGGAGGCAGCGAGCGAGCGGACCCGAAGGCAGAAGACGGCGGCUGCACCGAGUGAGCGGAGCCGCGGGGCCGGGUGGACGCCCCGCCGCGGCCGAGGUCCUGCGGUCAGCAGCUCCUGCCCGCUGCCCUUCCCGCGGGUCGGCGAGGCUGGGCCGCGGUUCUGCUUGGGCCCAAGGACGCGGCCGGCGCGCUCCCUGCCAGGCCGCAGGCCUUCCGGGCGGGGUGUCCCCGCGGAGCCCUCCUCCAUGCCCUGCGGGGCCCCGCACCCAGCCCCGCCCCGCCCGCGCAGGCCUUGCGGACCCCAGGACGCCUCCAAGAAGCGCCCCAAAGCGCACAGGGCCUGCGCCGAAUCUGCGGCCGCGGUAGGGGCCGGCCCGCGAUCCCUCAGCCCCUUACCCGCGGAGGACGUGGGUGCUGCUCGCUGGGAACCCGGCCGCGGGAGGCCUGGAGGCCCCCGAAAGCUUCAUGGAAAAGAGGAAGGUUGGAGACUAAAUCGUUCCACAGACACCAAAUUAAUGGGCUUUAACAGGCACAGUCCGGCUCAGAAGAAAGAAGGCCGAGUAUAAACUGGACCCACGCAAGCCCGGUUCGGGAGAAAUCAACCUGGAACAAAGCAGUCCCCCUACUCCUGGGUAGAGAAUCUGCCCUGAUGCUUCUGCUCAUCGCUAAGACAGUUUAUGAUGCGAGUUCUCAAGUAUAAAACAAAAGGACUGUAAGAAAACCCCGUGUGUCCACCCCUGCUGGACAGCCAACUCCCCAGCAAUUUCGUUGACUUCCACAUCCCUCCCUUUAUUUAACAAAUUGAUGUUUUUGUUGCCAUUCCUUAAAGCAAACGCGGGUGUCACAGCCUCUCAUCGGUAAAUGCAUAAAGGCAUCUUUAACUUUUUAAAAUAACCAUCUGGCUGCGAAUCCCAGCUCCCGGUAAAUCAUAGUCUGCUCUAACACUUAAAGGCAUUGGCCGUCGGUGA